AUAUUAUGAACGAAGCCGAACGAAGUGUCAACAAACAUGGAGGAAACUCCAACUGAAGGUGGGAGGUUCGGAACAGAAACAUUUGCCAGCCUUUUCCUUCCUCCAGAUGACGCCGAAAAUUCCCAGGCUGGAACCUCAAACCAAAAUAGGGAAACUGGAGAUACAAAAAAUUCAGAUGUCCCCAAUGAAUUCAGUUCCACUGGCUUAGAAUCCAGUACUUCCAGCUAUAGACAACUUCAAAAUCCUGUCUCUGCAACACCUAUUAGUAGUAUUAACACAAGCUGGGAGAUGAACUACCAUGAAGCUGCAAUAUAUUUAGAGGAAGGGCAAAAUAAUGACAAGUUCAACAGUCACCCAAGUGACCGAAAUGCACUCCCUGCUUAUCUACUUACACACAACCAUUGGUUUUAUUCACUGGAUUUGGCAGCAGCUCUUCUUCUCAUGGCUUUAGCUGUUAUUGAGAAACCAGCAGUAUUUACAAAUGUCCCUGUAGGAGUCCAUGCCUCCAUUGAACUGUUUGGUCUCUUUUUACUGGGUAUAUCGAUUGUUAUGCAGUUGAGAUGGCUUGGUUUCCGUACCUUCAUUAGGCACAAGAGAUCCAUGGUCAAGACUGUGUCCUGGAUUGUGAUGUUUUUGGAGGCUAUUGUUGUGAUAGUGCGUAAUGAAACGCAUUUUCGUGUGACAAGAUCUCUGCGCCCUAUUUUCCUUGUUGACAGCAGAUACAUGGGUGGCGUUCGCAGGUUCCUGCGCCAGAUUUUACAGUCAGUGCCACCUAUUUUAGAAGUUCUAGGCAUCCUCCUAUUUAUCUUAAUAAUAUUUACAACCUUGGGAUUCUAUUUCUUCAGUCCAAACAAAGAAGAUCCUUACUUUUCAACUUUCCUCCAAGGAUUUGUUUCCUUGUAUGUUUUGCUCACCACAGCAAAUUUCCCAGAUGUGAUGAUGCCAGCAUAUGCCAAAAGCCGUUGGAGUGCAGCCUUCUUCAUAGCUUUUUUAGCCAUCAAUUUGUAUUUCCUCAUGAAUUUGAUGCUUGCCAUUGUUUUUGUGGUUUUUAGUGACAUUGAGAAAGGCAAAUUUAGGAAGCUCCUGUUACAUAAACGGCGGGCAUGUCAGCAUGCAUUUCGUCUUCUUGUAACUCGAUCACAACCCAAGCACAUUCCCUUCCGUCAUUUUAUUGGUCUUAUGAAAUAUUUUAGACCUCAUUUAAGUCAUCGAGAUGCAUACCUCUCAUUUAAGGCAAUGAACAAGAGUGAGACAGGUCUGGUUAGUCUCACAGAAUUUUACAACAUUUAUGAUGUUUGUGAGUAUAAAUGGAAACCAUACCAGCCUCCUGAUCCCUGGUUUGUUGAUCUCCCUAGCCCAUUCCGUUGCUGCUGCUUCCUUAUCCGAAGGUUUGUCAUGUGGAGCUGGUUUCAGCUUAUCAUCUAUUUCGUUAUCAUUGUGAAUGGCAUUACCCUCUUGGUUACUACUAUCAUGAUCUCGGCGAGUGGGGAGCCCAUCUCUUAUGAUGUUAAUGUCAGUUGGGCCCAAGUGGCAUUUGUUGUUUUUUAUGUAUUAGAAGCUAAUAUCAAGAUGAUUGGACUUGGCCUUAAAGAAUAUUUUGGAUGUGGUUGGAACGUGUAUGAUUUUAUCGUAACUUUACUGGCAAUUGCUGGAAUCAUUGCAGAGCAAUUUUCCAGUUCCUUCUUCUAUAUAGUGAUCCUGCGACCAUUAAGGUUACUAAGACUGUUUCGGAUAAGAAGACGCUACAGAGAUGUCUUCCAGACCCUUUUCAUCCUUCUUCCUCGUGUGUUGUCUGCGAUUGUUGUGAUUAUCAUUACGUAUUACUUCUUUGCUGUAAUUGGCAUGGAAUUGUUCUCACAGUAUGAAAUGAAAAAUUGUUGUGUGAACACAACAGUGGAGCAGUUUUACAAAGAUGACAAUACAACAAUUUAUAUCAACUAUUAUUUCCUGAACAACUUUGAUAACCUUUUUAUAGCAGGAGUGACUCUCUUUGAACUUACAGUCGUCAAUAAUUGGUUCAUUAUCAUGGAAGAGGAGAAUACUAUAAACAUCAGUGUCUUCCUGAAUAGAGAUGAACUUCGACGUAUUUAUAGCAGUGCAACUGAUACUAGAACCUUGCAGCAGUAUGCAGCAGUUUUAGAGCGAGAGGGUAUGGUCCAGUAUGUAGGCACAAGGAGGAGGACAAGAGAUGUCUUGCAAAGGCGUAUGUAUCAAGAAGAAAUAAAAAAGUGGCUCGAGUCAGAUGACCAAGAAAGCCAAGCUAACCCAGCAGAGGUUGCACCAGAGUUAAAUUCAUCCCAUGAGAGUCCUCCAAUCAAUUUUAGUGUCUUGGGUUCAUCUGAAGUAGUUCCUCAACAGACACCACCCUCCAACUUUGGAUCCCUUAAUAUCAAUGGGUCAGUCAGCAGCAUCCAAGAGGAAACGUGAUGUUUGUGAGGUUGUGAUUAAUGUAUCUGUCUUGUACAUAUUGUUGCGAGAUUUGUAAUAGAAUUUUAUCAUAAGUUGUUUGACAGUUUUGAACCAAUGUACAUACAGAGAUAAACAAGAUUUCAAUUACUGUAACAAUACUUUUAGACCCCUAAUUUAUAUUGAAUCUUCUUACUAUAAGUAGUUACUAAUGUAUAGACGUUUGUUCUCAUUUGUUAUUAUCCACUUUUGUGAAAUAAUGUCCUUUAAAAGUAUUUAAAUUUUGAGUUGUGGUAAUUUACAUGUUUUACUUCAAAAAUUUCAAUAUUUAAAGACUUUUUGGUAAACUACUUAAAUUGCUGCAGAUUGGGUAGUUUGUAUUUAUUGCUAGUUUAUAUCCUCGAUAUGUUCUAAGCAAAUAUCUCUACUGCUUAUUUGAUUGGUAAUAUUGAUAAGUAGUAGUAAUGGUAUUUUUUCCUUUUUUUUAUCUGCUUUCAUUAAGGUUUAGAUUUACAUAAUUAAAAUCUCAGAACUUUGUUAUUUUCUAAAUCUGAAAUUAACAGUUUGAUAAUUGAAUAAUUGUUUUGUGUACAGAAACCUAGAGCGUUGCUUAAUGGCACUUAGUAGGCUAUUACUGAUUGCAUGUUUGUCACUUGAGGUUGUGAAAGAAUUUGACAGUAUUAUAUUUUAUCAGAGGUAGAAAGAAAAUAGCUUGAGUUCAUAUAAGUUUUAAGAGUACAGGUUAUAUAUGUAGUAUAUGUAGCCUGAGUUUUAAGAAUUUAGGCUUAUGAUGACAUUACAGCUUUAUAGUAGUAUCAUCUUUGAUUUUGUUGUCUAGGCUGUAGGUGCAGUACAUGUAACAGGAAUUUUGAUUUAGGUUGAAGGUUCUUCUUGUGUUUUAAAUUAUUCAAUAUGAGUGUUUUUGUGUGCAUCCAUGUUUUGUUUUUGAAUUACAUUAGAUGAAAAACCCUCUAUGAAGGAUUCUUGUACAUCAAGUAUUACAACUCUUAGAGAAGAAAGUAACCUUAAUAGUAUUCAUAUAUAGAGAAUUGUUGGUUAUUUGUAUGGAUAUCAGGGGAAACACAUCUAGAUUCAUGAAUUUUGUGAUGUGAUUGUGGUAUUGUAACGUAUGAUCUUUGGGGUUUUAACUUAUGAUUCUAGGGAUCUUAUGAUUUAAGAUUAUAUAACUUCAUAAGUUUGGGAUGAUAAUACUGGUAUGAACAAUUUAACAAUUUGUCACCCAUGCCUACAAUUUUUUUUUGCACAGAUUACAUUUCAGAC